AUGGCCACUAGGCAUCUGGUAUCACAUAUUACUUCAAGUGGUGAACCAGAAACACCACAAGAGAGACAAAAGAGAUUUUUACUAGAAGUGGAUGCUAAACACGCAUAUGCUAAUGACAAAGAUGAUGCAACUAAACGAUUUCAAUACUUGUUAGGAUUAAGUGCCAUAUUCAGAAAAUUCAUUGACUUGAAUGCAUCUAAAGAUCCAGAGUUCAAGAAAAGAGUUAGGGAAAUUGAUAGUAAACUGUUAUUCAAAGAGUCAACCAAAAAGAAAAAGAAAAGCAACAGUAGACGCCGGAAAACUGAAAAGGAAGAAGAUGCAGAGUUGUUACAAGAUGAGGAGCACCAAGAUGAUGAAGAGAAUCAACAUACUGUGUUUACCGAAUCACCUUCAUAUAUUAAAGAGGGUACUUUGAGAGAAUAUCAGAUUCAAGGUCUAAAUUGGUUAAUUUCUUUGUAUGAAAAUAGACUCAGUGGAAUCUUGGCUGAUGAAAUGGGAUUAGGAAAAACGUUACAAACAAUUUCAUUUUUGGGGUAUCUUCGAUAUGUGAAAAACAUUGAUGGACCUUUUAUUAUCAUUGUACCUAAAUCAACUUUGGACAAUUGGAGAAGAGAAUUUGCUAAAUGGACACCUGAUGUUAGUGUCGUUGUGUUACAAGGAGACAAAGAAUCACGAGCCAAUAUCAUCAAAGAUAGGUUGUACACUGCUGAUUUUGAUGUAUUGAUUACUUCAUUUGAAAUGGUCUUAAGAGAAAAAAGUGCUCUCAAAAAAUUUAAAUGGGAAUAUAUUGUUGUUGAUGAAGCUCAUCGUAUUAAAAAUGAACAAAGUUCACUUUCGCAAAUUAUCAGAUUGUUUUAUUCAAGAAAUAGAUUGUUAAUCACUGGUACUCCUUUACAAAAUAAUCUUCAUGAACUUUGGGCAUUACUUAAUUUCCUAUUACCUGAUGUAUUUGGAGAUUCUGAACAAUUUGAUGAUACAUUUGAUCAACAAAACAAUAAUGAACAGGAUAAGAAAACCAAAGCUGAAGAACAAGAUAAAGUUAUUCAAGAAUUGCAUCAACUUUUAAGUCCCUUUUUACUUCGUCGUGUCAAAUCAGAUGUUGAAAAAUCUUUGUUGCCCAAAAUUGAAACCAAUGUAUACACUGGUAUGACAGAUAUGCAAGUUUCCUGGUAUAAAAACUUGUUGGAAAAGGAUAUUGAUGCAGUUAAUGGAGUUGUUGGGAAACGAGAGGGUAAAACAAGGCUUUUGAAUAUUGUUAUGCAGUUGAGGAAAUGUUGCAAUCACCCAUAUUUAUUCGAUGGAGCAGAGCCGGGUCCCCCAUACACCACUGAUGAACAUUUAGUGUACAACUCGGGGAAAAUGAUUAUAUUGGAUAAAAUGUUGAAGAAAUUUAAACAAGAGGGGAGUCGUGUAUUGAUAUUUUCACAAAUGUCCAGAGUUUUGGACAUACUUGAGGAUUAUUGCUACUUCAGAGAGUAUGAAUAUUGUCGUAUUGAUGGUUCCACUGCUCACGAAGAUCGUAUUGAAGCCAUUGACGAGUAUAAUGCACCUGAUUCUGAUAAAUUCAUAUUCCUAUUGACUACAAGAGCUGGUGGAUUAGGUAUCAAUUUAACUUCAGCGGAUGUAGUUAUUCUUUACGAUUCCGAUUGGAACCCACAAGCUGAUCUUCAAGCCAUGGAUAGAGCUCAUCGAAUUGGACAAAAGAAACAAGUCAAAGUAUAUCGCUUUGUUACUGAAAAUGCCAUUGAGGAAAAAGUGUUGGAACGGGCAGCACAAAAAUUACGAUUGGAUCAAUUGGUUAUCCAACAAGGAAGACAAGCCAAUGCUGGAACCAAUGUUGGUAGUUCAAAAGAUGAUCUUAUUGAAAUGAUUCAGCAUGGUGCACAAAAGGUGUUUGAAGAACUGAAAAGCACCGUCGUUGAUGAUGAUAUUGAGUCUAUAUUGGCUCGAGGUGCAGAAAAGACUAAAACUAUGAAUGAAAAAUUUAACAAGUUAGGAUUGGAAGAUUUACAAAAUUUUUCAUCUGAUGGAUCAGCUUAUCAAUGGAAUGGACAAGAUUUCACCAAAAAGGAAAAUCUGGGUAACCUUGGAUUCAAUUGGAUUAAUCCGUCUAAAAGGGUGAGGAAGGAGCAAACUUAUUCUGUUGACAACUAUUAUAAAGAUGUAUUGAAACAACCCCUCACCAUAAAAGAGAAACCACAAAAACAAACAGUAUUCAAACCAAAAGCUCCAAAAGCUUACACAUUUCAAGACCAUCAAUUUGCACCAGCAGGAUUGGAACCAUUGUUGGAAAGAGAGCAACUCAAUUUCAAAAAGGAUACUAAUUUCCAAUACACCGUCGAUGAUUUCGGUGAUUCUGAUGAAGAAUUUCUCGUUGAUGAAGAUAAAGACGAACUAAGUCGUGAAGAUAAAUGUAAAAUUGAACAAGAGAAAAUUGAUAAUGUUGAACCAUUAACUGAAGAAGAAACUAUUCUCAAGGAUAAAUUACUCAAUGAAUCAUUCCAUACUUGGUCUCGGCGUGAUUUCACAAACUUUAUACAUGCUACUGCCAAAUACGGACGUGAUGCAUAUGCCAAGAUUGCAAAAGCAUUGGGCAACAAAACUACCAAUGAAGUGAAACGAUACGCUACCAAAUUCUGGGCCAGCUAUCAACAAAUUGAUGGAUAUGAGAAAUACAUUUCUCAAAUUGAAGCCCAGGAGAAGAAACGUGAUAAAUUAAUGAAUCAACAACGAUUGCUCGCAGCCAAGAUUGAGAACCUAACUGAUCCAUGGGAAGACCUUUCUAUUGUUUACCCACCAAACAAUUCCAAACGUAUCUAUUCCAAGACGGAAGACAAAUUCCUUCUCAAUUGCGUUUACAAAUAUGGUAUAAAUGAUGAACGGUUGAAUGAAAAGAUUAGACACGAGAUUCAAAAUUCUGAUGUUUUCAAAUUCGAUUGGUUUAUUCAAUCACGAACAAGUCAGGAAAUUGGCCGAAGAGUCAAUACUUUGCUUUUAGCAAUUACGAGGGAGAUGGAAGGACCACCAGCGAACAAGAAGAGGAAGUUGUUGGGUAGUGCAUCCUCGAACAGUAGUUCAAGGGUGGGGUCGGUUGAGCCUGGUGUAGGGUCGGAGAAAGCAUGGCUGGAGGUACCAGCUAAAUGA